AGACAUAAAAAUGAACGUAAAAAAGUGAAGAAAACUAAUGUUCCUCUUAACCUUCCUGAUGACGAUGAAGAACAAGCAACAGAGAACAAUAAGAAAAUUGAAAUGAAUGUCGAUAAAGCUUGGGAAAAUAUUGAAAAUACUGAGACCACACAAUCUACGGAGGAUAAUACAUUACUAUGUGCAUAUGAUGAAGAAACUGAAGAGACGAGAGCAUCUGAAGUAAUUAACGCACUAGCAGAAGAAAUUGAAUACAUUGAAUAAGAACACUUCGCUGAGAAACAACAUCAAGAGAUUGGUUCUGAUGAUGACGAUUAUUUUAUAGAUGCAAGCGAUGAGAUGUGUGAAACAGAAGAUUGUGAGGAAACUAUUGAAGACGAUCGAGAUUCAUCAAUACAGGAGAAAGCCGAAGACCUUUUAUCACCGAGAGGUUAUAAGUCCCUUUUUGAAGCUAUAAACAUCGAAGCUUUUAAAAGACCUAUUAAUGUCUCUGUAAACAAAACACUGGGAGAAGUAAUGCUAAUGGUUUUAAAAUUUAUACUCGUUCACUCCCUUUCAUUAACAGCUAUUACCGAUUUAUUUAACUUAAUUAAUUGCAUUUUUAGUGAAUCUUUUUUACCAAAUACGCGGUAUCUCAUUGAUAAGUUGUUUUAUCCGAAAAAUAAUACGAAACUCUAUGCAAUAUGUCCGAAAUGGAGUGCUUACAUAGGCAUCUUUGAACGAAAAAAUACUUUUUUAAAAUGCAAAAUAUGUAAGUUGAAAUUUAAUUGCAAAGAUUACGCGUAUAAAGAUUUUUUUGUAUUGAUGGACGUGACGCAUCCAAUUUCUAAAUUAAUUGAAGCUAAUAGCGAGUAUUGGAAAUAUGUUGUAAAGCAGAGACCUUAUGAAAGUAAUGUUAUCGAAGAUAUUUAUGACGGAAAGAAAUAUCGUGAAUUUCUGAGUACUUUAAACGAAUAUGACAGACUUCAUUAUGCUUCUUUGGUUUUUAAUACUGAUGGUGCACCUCUUUUCGAAAGUUCGACUUACUCAAUCUGGCCUAUCUUUUUAAUGAUUAACGAAUUGCCUUAUCAUAUUAGAAGUAAAUAACUAGUUCUUCCUGGGUUGUGGUUCGGUAAAGACAAGCCUAUUAACGGAGAAUAUGGUUGCGGUCAAUGUCUUCACCCUGGUGAAACCU